AUGUUAGGGACUGUGAAAAUGGAAGGGCAUGAAACCAGCGACUGGAACAGCUACUACGCCGACACUCAGGAGGCCUAUUCCUCGGUGCCCGUGAGCAACAUGAACUCGGGGCUGGGCUCCAUGAACACCAUGAACACCUACAUGACCAUGAACACCAUGACGACGAGCGGCAACAUGACCUCCAGCUCCUUCAACAUGUCCUAUGCCAACACGGGGCUGGGAGCCGGGCUGAGCCCUGGCACUGUGGCCGGCAUGCCGGGGGGCUCAGCGGGGCCGGUGAACGGCAUGCCAGCCAGCGUGGCCGCCAUGGGCACGGCACUGAGCCCCGGCGGCAUCAACGCCAUGUCUGCCCAGCCGGCCCCCAUGAACGGCCUGAGCCCCUACGGCGGCAUGAACCCCUGUAUGAGCCCCAUGGCCUACACCCAGUCCAACCUCGGCAGGACACGGGACGCCAAGACCUUCAAGCGGAGCUACCCCCAUGCCAAGCCGCCCUACUCCUACAUCUCCCUCAUCACCAUGGCCAUCCAGCAGGCGCCCAGCAAGAUGCUGACGCUGAGCGAGAUCUACCAGUGGAUCAUGGACCUUUUCCCCUACUACCGGCAGAACCAGCAGCGCUGGCAGAACAGCAUCCGCCACUCGCUCUCCUUCAACGACUGCUUCGUCAAGGUGGCCCGCUCCCCCGACAAGCCCGGCAAGGGCUCCUACUGGACCCUGCACCCCGACUCCGGCAACAUGUUUGAAAACGGCUGCUACCUCCGCCGGCAAAAGCGCUUCAAGUGCGAGAAGCCGGCCAACAGCAAAGCCCCUCAGGAGGGCAGGAAAGAUCAGGCCGGGGCCUCCAGUUCGAGCUCCAACUCCCCCCUGCACAGAGGCCACAAUAAACCCGCGCAGCUGGACACCGCCACCUCCCUCUCCAGCUCCAACCCGUCCACCAGCCCCCAGUCUAUGGACCACAGCGGAUCGAGCACGGAGCUAAAGACCUCGGCCUCGGCCGCCUCCUCAACCAUCAGCUCCGUCCCCACCUUGGCCUCUGUCCCGCACCCCCCUCACUCCUUAGCCCACGAACCCCAGCUCCACCUCAAGGGCGAUCCCCACUACUCCUUCAACCACCCCUUUUCCAUCAACAACCUCAUGUCCUCCUCGGAGCAGCAGCACAAGCUGGACUUCAAAGCCUACGAGCAGGCGCUGCAAUAUUCCUCCUACGGGGCCAGCAUCCCCGGCGGGCUGCCCCUGGGCAGCGCCUCCAUGGCGGGCCGGAGCAGCAUCGAGCCCUCGGCCCUAGAGCCCUCCUACUACCAAGGUGUGUAUUCCAGACCCGUGCUAAACACCUCCUAG